AUGCAGCCUAUUUUGGCGAUUUACUCCAGGAACUACCAGCCACACAACCUACCUGCCGCCAACCUGAAUCGAAUACUAUACGCGUUUUUAAAUAUAAAAGCCAAUGGUGAAGUUUAUUCUUGGGAUACAUACGCCGACCUCGAAAAACAUUAUCCUACUGAUUCGUGGAACGAACCGGGGCAUAAUGCAUAUGGCUGUGUCAAGCAACUUUACCUUUUGAAAAAAUCACACCGCCAUUUAAAGGUUAUUCUUAGUAUCGGCGGCUGGACCUGGUCAUCGAAUUUUGCAUCAGCCGCGGCCACUGCAGCAAGUAGAGAGCGAUUUGCCAACUCAGCCGUGAAAAUUAUGAGCGAUUGGGGUUUUGAUGGCAUCGACAUCGAUUGGGAAUACCCUGCGGACCAGACCCAGGCAGCCGAUUUCGUCCUCCUUCUCCGCACUGUCCGUAACACAUUGGACGUAUACGCUCAAAAGUUUGCACCUGAUUAUCAUUUCGCCUUAUCUAUUGCUUCACCCGCCGGGCCAACACAUUAUAAAAAGCUUAAUCUAAAGUCUAUGGCGGAUACCAUUGACUAUUUUAACCUUAUGGCGUACGAUUAUGCCGGGUCCUGGGAUACAGUGUCCGCACACCAGUCUAAUUUGUAUUCGAGCGAAUCUGCUGCAACGCCAUUCUCUACUGCAGCAGCUGUCGAGGACUAUCUGCGUGCUGGUGUCCCUGCAUCAAAAAUCGUGAUUGGCAUGCCUCUUUAUGGGCGAGCCUUUGAAAGCACUAAUGGCAUUGGCCAGCCAUUCAGCGGCGUUGGUGGUGGGUCAUGGGAGAACGGCGUGUGGGACUUUAAGGCUUUACCGCGGCCAGGAGCGACGGAAAAUGUAGACUUUAAAACGGUAGCAUCUUAUAGUUACGACCCCAAAAUUCGGGAGCUAAUCACCUAUGACACACCUGAAGUGGUUGAAAAGAAGGGAGGGCCGGUUGUGGGCAAACACAAAUUAAUCUCCGCGGGUGCAGGCAUGCAUUACAGGGCUCACCGGCGUCACCAAUCUCCCAAAGGGUUACUGCACUUUUUGUGCCCCUUUUUGCUGCAACUUCCCGGAUAUUCACGAAGGUCUCGUUGGGGUUCGCCUGCACCCUCCUCCUUUUGGCAGGCCGUGCAGCCUCCAAUUGAGCCUUCGGAUGCCUGA